CGGUUGUUUCUGUGGGGUCUGCGGACUCUGUAUUUCCAUCUCCAUGGGGCCACAGGCCCACAUGUAAACAAUCUAGGACGCUAUGGCAGAGGGCAGUGAGCUGAUGAACAGACUCAUGAGUGAGAACGCAGACCUGAAGAAGCAGGUGCGCCUCCUGAAGGAGAACCAGAUGCUGAAGCGACUUCUCAGUGAGAGCUGCCAAGAGAGCUGUAGCCGAGGGGGCCGGGACCUGCUCUUUCCCAAGGCCCCUAACUACCCUGAGGCCUGCUCCCCUGGGAAUGGAGGUCCAGAUUUCGGAAGGUUUGCCAGUGUCCCUGACACACCCUCUCAGCUACAAACGUCUUCCCUGGAGGACCUACUGUGCUCACACGCCCCACUCUCCAGUGAGGACGAUGCCUCCCCGGGCUGUGCCACCUCCUCUCAGGUCCCUUUCAAGGCUUUCCUCAGCCCUCCAGAACUGCACUCACGCAUUGCCGACAGGAAGCUCUCGCCACUCCUGAGCCCCUUGCAGGAUUCCCUGGCUGACAAAACCCUGCUCGAGCCCAGGGAAAUCGCGCGGCCUAAGAAGGUGUGCUUCUCGGAGAGUAACCUGCCCACUGGGGAUAGGAGCAGGCGGACCUAUUACCUCAAUGAAAUCCAGAGUUUUGCGGGUGCGGAGAAGGAUGGCCGCAUUGUCGGGGAGAUCGCGUUCCAGCUUGACCGUCGUAUCCUGGCCUAUGUGUUCCCAGGGGUGACGCGCCUCUACGGCUUCACAGUAUCCAACAUCCCUGAGAAGAUCAAACAGACAUCUAUCAAGUCCCUAGACGGCUCCGUGGAUGAGAAGAAGCUGCGAGAGUUGACGCAUCGCUAUCUGACCCUGACAGCGCGACUGGAGAAGCUGGGCUACAGCCGCGAAGUGCACCCGGUGUUCAGCGAGUUUCUCAUCAAUACCUACGGCAUCCUGAAGCAGCGUCCGGACUUGCGGGCCAACCCACUGCACAGCAGCCCCGCUGCGCUGCGCAAGCUAGUCAUUGAUAUUGUGCCCCCCAAGUUCCUGGGUGACUCCCUGCUACUGCUGAACUGCCUGUGUGAGCUCUCCAAGGAGGACAGCAAGCCACUCUUCGCCUGGUGAGCCACUGUCUCACCCUUCCUGCAAUAAACGUGUUUAUUCCAAA